GGUCGAUUAGGAUACGCAUGCUUGAACACCGUAUUGAGAAAACAAAAACCGGAAAGCGUGUUUUGCUCGCGAACAUGUCGAAUAGCAAGUAUCGAGGAAGAAGGUAUGGAGUUGCCCAAGGGAUUGGCCUUGAUGAAUGUCCAGGAUCUGAAGACGAUGAUAGAGUGGAACGAACAAAAUCACAUACGUUUUAUGCGUAUGUCAUCAGAAAUGUUUCCAUUUGCAUCCCAUGCCAAAUACGGCUACGAUCUGUCUUUUGCAGAUGUUGGGCUGAGAGAGUGCGGGGAGCUCGCCAGAAAGUAUGGGCAUCGACUGACCAUGCACCCGGGUCAAUUCACACAACUCGGUUCCCCAAAACCUAACGUCAUUGAGGCCAGUAUACGAGAGCUCGACUAUCAGUGUGAGAUCAUGGACCGAAUGGGCCUUGACCAAGAUGGAUCAAGUCUGAUAGACAGCAUUCACAUGGGAGGAGUGUACGAUGACAAACCUGGAACAUUGGAGCGAUUUAAGCUCAACUACACAACCCGCUUGAGUGACAAUGUGAAGAAGCGAUUAGUGCUUGAGAAUGAUGAGAUAUGUUAUAAUGUCGACGAUUUGUUACCACUAUGUCAAGAACUAGAUAUUCCCAUUAUUUUCGAUUAUCACCACGACUGGAUAUAUCCUUCCACCGAACCACCUUCCGUUCUCAUUCCUCGUAUCGCGGAGACGUGGAAGAAACGCGGUAUACGGAUGAAACAACAUCUUUCUGAGCCACGUCCUGGCGCUGAAACGGUAAUGGAGAAACGGGCCCAUUCGGACAGAUGUAAAGCUUUACCGCCGGAUCUACCUGAUGACGUGGAUUUGAUGAUUGAGGCCAAAGACAAGGAGCAGGCGGUAUUCGAAUUAUAUCGGAUCUACGGUUUGCAUGAUGUCAUUUGGGACAACCUCCGACCUCCUGAUCCCGAACCGGGAUUACAGACAAAAGGCCGGAAGUCAAGUUUGAAAAAGUGCGUUAGACCUCUUCUGCCGUACGACAAGAGAGGUGAAACUGACCAAACAGGAAGACCAAAGAAACUGGUGAUGUGGAUGAAGACGGCAAUCCUGUCUGUCUUUCAGAUGUAG